UCCUCACCUGUCCGCAACUCCGCCCGCCCCACCCCCGGAAGUGACGAUGGCCUCCCAUCUUUGCUUGCGUCCCGUCGAGCCUUGCGGCGGCGGCGGGAAGAUGGCGGCGGCGGGAGCCCUGGAACGGAGCUUCGUGGAGCUCAGCGGUGCUGAGCGCGAGAGGCCGAGACACUUUCGGGAAUUCACAGUGUGCGGCAUUGGGACUGCAAAUGCCUUGGCUGGAGCCGUGAAAUACAGUGAGAGCGCGGGAGGCUUCUGUUAUCUGGAAAGUGGCAAGUUGUUCGCCGUCACCAGAAACAGGUUCAUUCAUUGGAAGACCUCUGGAGAUACAUUGGAGCUGGUGGAAGAGUCACUGGACGUAAAUCUGUUGAAUAAUGCAGUUCGCCUCAAAUUCCAAAAUUGCAGCCUCUUACCUGGAGGGGUUCACGUCUCUGAGACUCAGAAUCAUGUGAUAAUCUUGAUCUUGACCAAUCAGACAGUGCACAGAUUACUUUUACCACACCCUUCCCGGAUGUACAGGAGCGAGUUGGUAAUUGAAAGUCAGAUGCAGUCAAUAUUUACUGACGUUGGAAAAGUUGAUUUCAGGGAUCCUUGCAACUCUCAAUUAAUUCCAGCAGUACCUGGACUCUCCCCUAAUUCUACCUCCUCGGCAGCUUGGCUUGGCAGUGAUGGGGAGGCUCUGUUUGCUCUUCCGUCUGCUUCUGGGGGAAUCUUUGUUCUUAAACUACCGUCUUAUGACAUACCUGGGAUGGUGUCAGUUGUGGAACUAAAACAGAGUUCAGUAAUGCAGAGACUGCUUAUAGGCUGGAUGCCAACAGCUAUCAGAGGUGACCAGGGGCCUUCAGAUCGUCCCCUCGCUCUUGCUGUUCAUUGUGUCGAGCACGAUGCCUUCAUCUUUGCUCUGUGCCAGGAUCAUAAACUACGAAUGUGGUCUUAUAAGGACCAAAUGUGCCUGAUGGUGGCCGACAUGCUGGAGUAUGUUCCUGUGAGUAAAGACUUUCAGCUCAGUAUUGGAACUGGACAUAAGUUACGGCUUGCUUAUUCCCCUUCCAUGGGACUCUACCUAGGGCUGUUCAUGCAUUCACCAAAACGCGGACAGUUCUGCAUUUUCCAACUGGUGAGCACUGAGAAUAACCGCUAUAGUCUAGAUCACAUUUCGUCCGUUUUCACUUCUCAGGAGACACUGAUUGACUUUGCCUUAACCUCAACGGAUAUCUGGGCCCUGUGGCAUGAUGCUGAGAACCAAACUGUUGUGAGAUACAUCACCUUUGAGCAUAAUGUUGCAGGUCAAUGGAAUUCAGUUUUUAUGCACUCUCUGCCAGAGGAAGAGAUCAUUAUCAGAGAUGAUCAAGACCCCAGAGAGAUGUAUUUGCAGACUCUAUUUACACCAGGACGAUUCAUAAAUGCAGCUUUAUGUAAAGCUUUACAGAUUUUCUGUCGAGGAACUGAGAGGAAUUUAGAUCUUUCCUGGAGUGAACUGAAGAAAGAAGUCACUUUAGCUGUUGAAAGUGAGCUCCAAGGAAGUGUAACAGAGUAUGAAUUUUCCCAGGAGGAAUUUCGAAAUUUACAACAGGAAUUCUGGUGCAAGUUCUAUGCCUGUUGUCUUCAGUACCAAGAAGCCCUCUCUCAUCCUCUUGCCCUGCAUUUGAAUCCACACACAAACAUGGUGUGCCUACUGAAAAAAGGGUACCUGUCUUUCCUUGUGCCUUCCUCCUUAGUGGAUCAUUUGUAUCUCCAUCCUGAUGACGACCUUUUGGCUGAGGAUGAGGCCGCCAUAUCUGAUGAUGUGGAAGUUGCUCGGGACGUCAUGUGUCUUAUAAAAUGCCUUCGGCUGAUUGGAGAGUCAGUAACUAUGGACAUGUCAGUAAUGAUGGAAAUGAGUUGUUACAACCUACAGUCUCCAGAAAAGGCUGCAGAACAGAUUCUGGAAGAUUUGAUCACUAUUGAUGUAGAAAAUGUGAUGGAGGAUAUUUGCAGUAAGCUACAAGAGAUCAAGAACCCAGUCCAUGCCAUUGGGCUACUUCUACGGGAGAUGGAUUACGAGACAGAAGUAGAAAUGGAAAAGGGGUUCAAUCCAGCUCAGCCUUUGAAUAUUCGGAUGAAUCUUUCCCAGCUAUAUGGUGGCAGCACAGCAGGAUAUAUUGUGUGCAGAGGUGUGUGCAAAAUUGCCAGCACUCGCUUCCUCAUCUGCCGAGACCUUUUGAUCUUACAGCACCUAUUAUUGAGGCUGGGCGAUGCGGCGAUCUUGGGAGCUGAUCAGCUCUUUCAAGCCCAGCAGGACCUACUACACCGAACCUCUCCUCUCCUCUUAUGUUAUUAUCUCAUUAAGUGGGGAAGUCAGUGCUUAGCAACUGAUGUUCCAGUUGACACACUGGAGUCCAACCUCCAACACUUGUCAGUACUGGAACUAACAGACUCUGGUGCUGUAACGGGAAAUAAGUUUGUAUCUAGCCCUCAGACAAUUGUGGAAUUAUUCUUCCAAGAAGUUGCAAGAAAACACAUCAUAGCCCAUCUCUUCUCUCAACCAAAGGCACCUCUGAGCCAAACUGGGUUGAAUUGGCCUGAGAUGAUUACUGCAGUUACCAAUUAUUUAUUGCAGCUUCUAUGGCCUAGCAAUCCUGGUUGUCUCUUUAUGGAAUGUUUGAUGGCCAAUUGUCAGUAUGUACAGUUGCAGGAUUAUAUUCAACUGCUCCAUCCCUGGUGUCAAGUCAACAUUGGUUCCUGUCGAUUUAUGCUGGGACGUUGUUACCUGGUUACAGGAGAAGGACAGAAGGCUCUGCAAUGCUUCCGCCAGGCAGCAUCUGAAGUGGGCAAAGAGGAAUUCCUGGAUCGCUUGAUUCGCUCAGAGGAUGGGGAGAUUGUAUCCACCCCCAGGAUGCAGUAUUAUGAUAAGAUUUUGCGUCUACUAGAUGUUAUUGGUUUGCCUGAGCUGGUUAUUCAGUUGGCCAUGUCAGCAAUAACUGAAGCAGGGGAUGAUUGGAAAAGUCAGGCUACUUUAAGGACAUGCAUUUUCAAACAUCAUUUGGAUUUGGGUCACAAUAGCCAAGCAUAUGAAGCCUUAACCCACAUUCCUGAUUCCAGCAGGCGGUUAGAUUGUCUGCGGCAGCUGGUGGUCGUUCUUUGUGAACGCUCGCAGCUACAGGAUCUUGUAGAGUUUCCCUAUGUGAAUCUGCAUAAUGAGGUUGUGGCAAUAAUUGAAUCACGUGCACGAGCUGUGGACCUUAUGACUCACAAUUACUAUGAGCUCCUCUAUGCCUUUCACAUCUAUCGCCACAAUUACCGAAAAGCUGGUACAGUGAUGUUUGAGUAUGGAAUGCGUCUUGGCAGAGAAGUUCGAACUCUGCGGGGACUUGAGAAGCAAGGCAACUGUUACUUGGCCGCUGUUAACUGUUUACGACUUAUUCGUCCAGAAUACGCGUGGAUUGUCCACCCAGCAUCUGGUGCAGUGUGUGAUCGCCCUGGCGCAUCCCCUAAGAGGAAUCAUGAUGGAGAAUGCACAGCUGCUCCAACCAAUCGGCAGAUUGAAAUUCUGGAACUGGGAGACCUGGAAAAAGAGUGUUCCUUGGCCCGAAUCCGCCUCACUCUGGCUCAGCAUGACCCGUCAGCAGUUGCAGUUGCAGGAAGUUCAUCAGCAGAGGAGAUGGUCUCUCUCUUGGUUCAGGCUGGCCUUUUUGACACUGCCAUAUCCCUCUGUCAGACUUUUAAGCUUCCCUUGACGCCAGUCUUUGAGGGACUUGCUUUCAAAUGCAUCAAGUUGCAGUUAGGGGGCGAGGCAGCCCAAGCAGAAGCCUGGUCCUGGCUAGCAGCCAAUCAGCUCUCAUCAGUCAUCACCACUAAGGAGUCCAGUGCUACAGAUGAAGCAUGGAGACUAUUAUCAACUUAUCUGGAAAGGUACAAAGUUCGGAAUAACUUAUAUCACCACUGUGUAAUCAACAAGCUCUUGUCUCAUGGAGUGCCUCUACCUAAUUGGCUAAUAAACAGUUACAAGAAGGUCGAUGCCGCUGAGUUGCUCCGUUUGUACUUAAAUUAUGACCUUUUAGAAGAAGCUGUGGACUUGGUUUCAGAAUAUGUAGAUGCUGUAUUGGGGAAAGGACAUCAGUACUUUGGAAUUGAGUUUCCAUUGUCUGCAACAGCUCCGAUGGUGUGGCUCCCAUACUCUUCUAUUGACCAGCUUCUCCAGGCUCUGGGAGAGAACAGUGCCAACAGUCACAACAUUGCUCUGUCCCAGAAAAUACUUGACAAAUUGGAGGACUACCAGCAAAAAGUUGAUAAAGCAACACGAGAUUUAUUAUAUCGUCGGAACUUGUGAUCUGGAUGAUUGCCUAGCUUUUGUAACCGCUUGGUGCCUCUUAGGGCUUAAGACUUUACCCUACAGGAACCCUGGAUUCCAGGACAAUUUUUAUACCUGCAAAUGGUGUGUGCAACAUCGAGUCUGCAUCCUGCACAAGAGAAGAGGGCAGAUGAGUCACAGAACCUGUGCUUGCUGGCGGUGCUAACACACAAUUUCUGGUUCUCAACCUUGGUCUCAAACAGCUGCUUUUGUAUAUGAUUCACAAGCUUUUUUAGAGUUUCUAUUUUUUUAAACAACCGAAGACAUUCUUUAUCUGCAAAUUGAAACCCACCCUCACUUGCCACAGUAGCUGAUGGUGGUGGUUGGUUGUGGCCAACCACUGGACGCAGCCACUACAGACCCUUUCAUUCUUCCUGCCACUGUCUGUAUUUCAGUGGAAUUAUUUUGGUCCAGAACUGACAUGUAUUUUCUGUAUUGCAAACAGAGGCUAAUGAUUUUGCAUACUCUUUUCAUUAUUUAUUGUGGAGUUUUUGUAUGAUCUUCAGUAAAGUAUUAAAUAACUUGCCUAAAUUAAACCUAAAAUUAUGAUCAGCUGUGAAAGAAGCUGGUUUUGAAUCUGGUUCUGAGGCUAAAGUUGAGUAAACUCUUAGCUAAGAAAAAAAUAGGGGAUUUUACCUGCAAAAGUAACCAAUUUUCAAGGUAAAUUCUGUUAACUUCUAUGAUUUAUGAUAAUCAAGCCGGACUUGAUCAUACAACUUGUCUAAUAAUGUAUUGGACCAAAAUAUAAACUUUCCUGGUCGGAUUCAGAGUAUUCAUGUCCACAGAUUUGGGGGGAUCAUGAAAAGUAAAAUCUUGGAUUUUAUUCUGUAUAUUAAAAUGUAUCUUUUAAGGAAAUGAUCUGUAUAUUGCUUGUAUGCCCUUUGACCUCUCUUGAGUUUUUCAUAAGCCUUUAAUUUUUAUACUAUCAAUACCAUAAUUACAUUAUAUAUUUUAAAUAACAAUGUGAGCUUCACUGUGGUAUUGUUAUUGGUAGAUAUUGAGAUGUAUGGCUCUUUUUUCAUUUUAGCUCUGCCAAGAUUAAUGUGAAGUGUUUGAUGUAAUUGGGACUGGAAGAGCCCUUGCCCUGCCAGAGCUUCAUAAACCCGUGUGGCUCCCAAGUAUAGCAAGAAAUACACAUUUAUAACCAAAUAUACACAUAUAAAACCAAAAGAAAGGUUUCACAGAAUAUGUAUUUGUUGCUGUGUAACCUAACGCUUUCAUGAAUGACUAAUGGAUCAUAAGCCACAGUCUGAAAAAAUCAAAUCCUCUUGUAGCCAUUUUGGAGAACAGGAAGUAGCUUGAGACUGGCCCUGUUCCAGAAAUUUAGCCACCUGUGUUGCUCAUCAGAGCAGUAGCUUCCAUGGUGGCAGUUCACAAGACCCUGACCAGUUUUUCCUGUUGUCAGUAUUUUGGUUCAAGACCCCACCCAUGCUGGAGCAAACCCAGCUCUUCUGUCCUUUUCCUUCCUUUCUUUCUUUCUUUCUUUUUUAAUGUUUAUUUAUUUAUUUUGGGGAGAGAGCAUGGCUGGGGGGGGGGGGCAGAAAGAGAGGGAGAAAUGGAGAAUCCCAAGUAGGUUCCACACUGUCAGCACAGAGCCCAACACAGGGCUCAAACUCACAAACUGAGAGCAUGACCUGAGCCAAAAUCAAGAGUUGGAUGCUUAACCGACUGAGCCACCCAGGCACCCCUCUUCUAUUUUCUCCCACCUUCUUCACUUUGGUUUCCAACCAGAACAGAUGAUGGAAAUUCUUUCACUUCACUUUUCUCUCCACUUUAGUUCUGCAUUUUUGUUUUCCUGGACUAUGUGAUGUUUUCAUAGUCCAUAGUAGCAUCAUUAUUCCUUGUUUUUCCCACACCAAAAAUUUCUGAUUACAAAAUGUUACUAAAAGAGUUCCUCUUGGGGAGCCUGAGUGGCUCAGUCAUUAAGCAUCCAGCUCUUGGUUUUGGCUCAGGUCAUGAUCUCACUCACGGUUUGUGAGUUUGAGCCCCACGUUGGGCUCCACACUGUCAGUGCUUGAAAUUUUCUCUCUCCACUGCUCGCUCUCUCUCUCUCUCUUUCCCAAAACUUAAAAAAAAAAAAGCUCCCUCUUAACGGGCACAUAGCUAGCUCAGUCAGGGGAGACACAACUCUUGAUAUCAGGGGUAUCAGGGUUGUGAGUUUGAGCCUCACGUUGGGUGUAGAGAUUACACUAAAAUGAAAUCCUAAAAAAAAAAAGCUGCCUCCUGUGCUCACUUCGGCAGCACAUAUACUGAAAAUUGGAAUACAGGAUACAGGGGCACCUGGAUGGCUCAGUCAGUUAAACGUCCAACUUCAGGUCAUGAUCUCAUGGUUCAUGGGUGUCAACACAGAGCCCGCUUCAGAUCCUCUGUCCUUCCCUCUCUCUCUCUGCCUCUUCCCUGCUGGUUCUCUCUCUAUCAAAAUACAUGAAUAAACUUAAAAGCCACCUAGAUGGCUCAGUCGGUUGGGCGUCCGACUUCGGCUCGGGUCAUGAGCUCACAGUUCGCGGGUUCGAGCCCCGCGUCGGGCUCUGUGCUGACAGCUCAGAGCCUGCAGCCUGCUUCUGAUUCUGUGUCUCCCUCUCUCUCUGCCCCUCCCCACUCAUGCUCUGUCUCUCUCUGUCUCAGAAAUAAAUAAACAAAAAAAAAAAAAAAUUGGAACAAUACAGAGAUUAGCAUGGCCCCUAUGCAAGGAUGACACAAAUUCGCGAAGUAUUCCAUUAAAAAAGAAAAAAAACAACUCCCCCCUUUUUAGUACUUAACUGCCAUUAAAUAAAGAUAAGACUCUCAAACGGAAAUUUUAUCAUUCUUCAUGUAACAAGGUGUAACUGAUAAGGUCCCUACCUUAACAGCCUGUGACAAUAAAAUAUUUCCUGUGGAUAAUAGAAUUGAUGAUACACAUGAGUUUCAUAUUGACCAUUCUUACCAAGUUUAUCACUGAUUUUUGUGACCUUCCAAGAAAAGCUAAUCUGUUCUAUAAAUACAUUGUGCAUUGUCACCUCUGCCAGUCGUCCUCACUAAAACACUCGAGAAUCCCGGGGGUCACCUCUCACCAGCUCACUAUGGGUUUUUCUCUCCCCAUUCUGAUUCCCUCCCAAAGUCCAGGCUGUGUUGUCUCUUAAAACUGAAACUGCGCUGAGCACUUAGGAGUAAAGAAAAACAAAAGCUUAA